CCCAGGAUAACGCCAGCUCUCCCUCUCCUAUGAGGAAAGAGAGCUACCCCUCGGACGAGAACGGCGCGCCGCUCGACACGCCCGAGUGGCGGAAUGCAGACAGCAUCCGCGACACCGCCUCCCCAAAGGACCCGCCGAUCGUCGCGGCGGUGCGCGUCUGGGACACAACACCGGAGCAGCUCGAGGCUGCGCUCGCGGCGGCCGGUGCAGACUUGGCGGGCGAGGUGAACCGGCCGGACCGGUUCGGCUUCACGCCCCUGAUGCUCGCAGUCAAGAGCAAGCAGCCGGGUCUGGUCGACAAGCUGCUGGAGGUGGAGGGCGUGCAGCUGGACGCGCAGAGCAAGCGCGGCUUCUCCGCCCUGAUGAUCGCCGCGUGGAAGGCGGACGACGCGACGAUCGACAAGCUCGUCGCCAAGGGCGCGGACUUGAGCUUGCGAGACGGCGGGGCGAGGAACGCGUGGGGCGUGGCGCACGACUGGCAGGCACCUCCGUCGCCUUCCCGCCCGCGCCAAAGUGGAGGCCAGGCGAGGCGUGGGACUGACUCGUCCAACCGACUCGUCCAACUGACCCGCGGGACUGACCCGCGGGACUGGCGCAGCGCAGGUGACUGUGUUCGUGUGUCUAUUUUGUCCGAACACCCGCAAGACACGCAUGCCGAAUAAAAGUACAUUUAACUC